AUGAAAGUGAACCAACUCCGCCCCCUAAGAAUACAGCUGUCGCCAUCUCAUUGGAUUAUUCCUCCUCACUUUCACGCGUUUCCCAUUUAUAUAAACCCCUCGAAUCCCCUUCUUUCCAUUCUCCUUCGAUCAAAGAGAAUCACACACAAACACCUACCUACACACACUUGCUGCUGCUUGCCCUAUCAAUCGAGGCAUAUACUAAUUAAAAUGGCAUCUGAAGCUUCGCGUGAGGAAAAUGUGUACAUGGCCAAGCUUGCAGAGCAAGCAGAAAGGUACGAAGAAAUGGUGGAGUUCAUGGAGAAGGUCGCAAAGACUGUAGAUGUCGAAGAACUCACAGUCGAAGAAAGAAACCUUCUUUCUGUCGCUUACAAGAACGUGAUUGGAGCAAGAAGGGCAUCAUGGAGGAUCAUAUCUUCAAUCGAACAGAAAGAAGAAAGUCGUGGGAAUGAAGAUCAUGUUAAGCUAAUCAAGGAGUACAGGAGUACAAUCGAGAUUGAAUUAAGCAAAAUCUGUGAUGGAAUUUUGGGUCUCCUUGAAUCACAUCUUGUCCCUUCUGCUUCUUCUGCUGAAUCAAAGAUCUUUUACUUGAAGAUGAAAGGUGAUUAUUUUAGAUACUUGGCUGAAUUCAAGACAGGUGCUGAAAGGAAAGAAGCUGCUGAAAGCACUUUGUUAGCUUACAAAUCUGCCCAAGACAUUGCUUUAUCUGAUUUGGCUCCUACUCAUCCAAUUCGACUUGGACUUGCUCUUAACUUCUCAGUGUUUUAUUAUGAGAUCCUCAAUUCACCUGAUCGUGCUUGCAACCUUGCCAAACAGGCUUUUGAUGAAGCGAUUGCUGAGCUGGACACAUUAGGUGAGGAUUCAUACAAAGACAGCACACUCAUCAUGCAGCUUCUCCGUGACAAUCUGACUUUGUGGACAUCAGAUAUUGCGGAUGAGGGUGGGGAUGAGAUCAAGGAGUCUUCAAAACCUGAAGAAACACAGUGACAUUGAAAUACACAAAUGGGAUUUGGUAGGAAGAUUAAUAGUUUGUGUACUGGUAUUACUAUUACUAUUACUACUUGAUUAAUCAAAAAUUGAAAAGCUUUGAUCAUGGCUUGACAAUUGUUAUGUGGCUUUAGGAAUUGAAGUCGUUUUUUUUUUUUUUUAAAUGGAAUGCUGCUGGAUUUUAUUUCGGG